AUGCUGCGGCUGCUGCUGCUCGGCGGGAUCCUGGGCUGCGGGGCUGAGCAGGCAGGUAAGGCUGCUCCGCUCGCCUUCACCAUGCUCCAGCUGACCCGCGUCUACAAGGGCAAUUCCAUGUUCCGGGGGAACGCCAGCCUGAAUGGGCAGCUCAGCCAUGUCCUGGAGGGGAAUAAUGUCACCCAGGUGCUCCCGCUGGAGCCUGCGGACGCCUGGGCCCGGCGGCAGGACGAGGUGACCACCUACCUGGGGAACUUCAGGAAGCUGGUGAUGUUCUUCAACAAGGAGAGACCCACCGAUUUCACCCAUCACCUGUGCUGCCACCUCGGCUGCCGCCUCUACCCCAACGGCACAGCCCAGAGCUUCUACGAGGUGACCCUCAACAGGACGGCGUUCCUGAGCUUCCACGUCCCCAGCGCCACCUGGGAGCGGCGCUGGCCCGGAGAGCUCCCGGUGGCCGCCUUCGCCCAGCAGCAGCUGAUGAAAUACCCCAUAACCACCCAGGACCUGCAGUAUUUCCUCAACACCACCUGUGUCAGCCUCCUGCAGGCUCAGAGCGCCAGGACAGGAAGAGUCAGCAGCCGAUCGCGCACCCCGCUGGUGCUGGGGCUGGUCCUGGGCAGCCUCGGCCUGCUGGGCAUGGCCCUGGGCAUCUUCCUGUGCACAGGAGGGAGCUGCUAG